CGAAUAAACUCCGCAUUUUGAACAAUUCUUGUUUUUGUUCUUGUUCUUAUUCUUCUAUUUCUUUUUUCAUUUUAUUUUCCCUAUUUCCGUAUCCAAAUUCUCCAUCCCUGUUUUCGCCGUCUGCUCUGCUCUUUCUUUCUCUGCUCUCAGCCGCAGAUGCUUUCAACUGAGCAUGGCCACAGAUUCUCCAAGUUCCGUACUGUUUUUGCCAAAAUUUAGAACGACCCAGCAAGCAAUAGCCCUCGAACUCUUCUGGGUUUUCUUUAAUUUCCGAAACUGACCUUCUCUGCCCCCAUUAAAGCGACCUGGAAGCUCUCGAGCUAAAUGGUUUUGAAGAUCGGAAACUUCGAGCGGUCCACCGCGGCGGUGGAGAUGGGAUGGAUUAUGCUUAGAAUCGAUUACUCCAGGCUUUUCUGGGUUCUAUUCCGCCAUUUCUCCUACGAAAACCACGACGGAAAGCCGCGCAUUUAAGUUCCUUCCCUCCGCCACCACCGCCGCCGCCGCCGAUUUUAAUACUUUUCUAUCGUUUCCCCCCUUUUUCUCUCCCUUUUUUUCCCUCUGUUAAGCCCUUGAUUUGUUCCUUAACCAUGUUCAAGAAUACUCGAGCUGGGAAACCCGGCAGCAACUCGGAAUUUGGAUACGCUGAGACCGAUCCGACAUGUCGUUACGGCCGCUUUGAAGAAGUUCUGGGGAAAGGGGCCAUGAAGACAGUGUACAAAGCCAUUGAUGAGUUUCUUGGAAUAGAGGUGGCGUGGAGUCAGGUGAAACUCAAUGAAGUUCUCCGAUCGCCCGAGGAUUUGCAGCGGCUGUAUUCGGAGGUUCACCUACUUAGCACACUUAAACACGAAUCGAUCAUGCGAUUCUACACCUCUUGGAUUGAUGUUGAGCGCAAAACCUUCAACUUCAUCACCGAACUGUUUACUUCUGGAACACUCAGAGAAUACGUGAAGAAAUAUCAGCAAGUCGAUAUCAGAGCCAUUAAGAGCUGGGCAUGCCAGAUUCUGCAGGGGCUUGUUUAUUUGCACGAGCACGACCCUCCGAUAAUUCACCGAGACUUGAAGUGUGAUAAUAUAUUUGUAAAUGGCCAUCUUGGGCAAGUCAAGAUUGGUGACUUGGGGCUUGCAGCAAUACUCCAUGGUUCCAGAUCUGCUCACAGUGUUAUAGGCACACCGGAGUUCAUGGCCCCAGAGCUAUAUGAGGAGCAUUACAAUGAGCUAGUUGAUGUCUACUCAUUUGGCAUGUGUGUUCUGGAGAUGCUUACUUCCGAGUACCCAUAUAGCGAGUGUACUAAUCCUGCACAGAUUUACAAGAAAGUCACGUCGGGGAAGCUGCCAGCAGCAUUGUACAAGAUUCAAGACGUGGAAGCGCAGAGAUUUAUAAAGAAAUGCUUGGUACCGGUUUCGAUGAGAGCGUCUGCAAAGGAAUUGUUAUCUGAUCCCUUUCUCAUGGCUGAUGGAGAUAGACCUUCGUUGAGAGAGAAGAAUCAAAACCAGAAGCCCUUUCUAAAUGCCAAAGAGAUGGAGAAGUUGCAUUUAGGUGAAGGUUUAAGCAGGACAAACAUGACAAUCACGGGGAAGCUGAACCCUGAAGAUGAUACCCUCUUUCUCAGAGUUCAAAUUGCAGAUAAAGAUGGCUCUCUUAGGAACAUAUACUUCCCCUUCGACAUAGUGAACGACACCGCAAUAGAUGUGGCAAUGGAAAUGGUGAAAGAGAUGGAGAUCUCCGAUUGGGAGCCAUUCGAAAUAGCAGACAUGAUCGAAGGAGAAAUAUCGGCUCUGGUUCCAAACUGGAAUAGAAGUGAGUUGUCCAACCAUAGCCUCAGCUUCAGCUAUGCAGAAGAAGAUGAUGAUGCACCUCAUCAUAAUUUCCGCUCCGUCUCCUCGUCAUCCCAAGCGACAACUCUGGGCUUCGCCACCUCCCCAAGAACAAAUCAAAACAUGUCAGAUGGUUUUAGUUGGUUCCCAGAUGAUGCACUUGACGACAGCAGCUCACAGUGCUCAUCAGCGUCGGAAAAAUACUCCAACUUGAACUACGUCAGCAGCGACGAGUACGAGACAAGUAUGAGUUCGGUCCGAAUAGAUCAAUAUAGCAACAUCAACAAGAUUCACAACUCCUCCAGAUUUUGUCCCAAUGAGAACCGCAAAAACAAGGAUUUCUUGUCUGGAAUUCUGUACAAGCAGAGCCAAUGCACGGUAGGGUCAUCUCAGGUAGCUGCAGCCUCUGGCCGUAAAGACAAGAGGGGAAUGGAUUCCCGUAGAUUAACAAGAAACAGAUCGCUAGUCGAUGUACAUAGCCAAUUGCUGCAUCGAUCAUUGGUCGAGGAAGUGAAUAGGAGACGGUUGUUCAAGACGGUUGGAGCGGUCGAGAGCAUUGGGUUUCAAGCACCAUGUGAGGUUUCUUCCAGCAAAAGGGUGUCAAGCAGGCAUACGGUCGGGAAUCGAAGUAGCGAUGUAGUGAGAACGAGGAGAAACGACGAUAUUAGGCAAGAUGUUGGAAGGAGAACAUGAAAAAUGAAAUUGUCUCCUUCAUGGUGACUCUAGAAAUGUGGGAGCUAAGGGCUGGUUUGUAAAUAGUGGAAGCUUUGGGUGAAGGUGAAAACUUGGUAACAACUUAGGAUAUACAAAAAUGAUCAUGUUUUGUAUGUAAAGUGUGUGCUUGCAUUACCAAGAUGAAAUUGCCUAGCUCCUUUUUGAAAAACAAUGUUGUUUGAGAAAUUUCUAUAAAGUUUCAGAGUAGUCAUCACAUUGUAGUUCA